AUGGGUGGCAAUUUGUUUUCCCCUCUUUCUCCUUAUUCUCCUUAUUCUCCUUAUUACAACACGCGAAUUUCAGAACACCCAAUCUUCAAAUUUUGCCAUCUUCUUCGAGCAGAUUCUCUUUCGUUGCUAAUCAUCCACCGCUACAAUCCUUUCGAUUUGAAUCCGGAUUUGAUUAAUCUCAUACUGGUUGAAGGAAUUGUGAAGAAUUUGACAAUGACUGGAGAUCAUGAUAAGAUUACUGCUAUGAUUAAUUUGUUGACUCACGAAUAUACUUACUCGCCUCAAGCGAAUCAGCGCAAGGGAUGGUUGACUGGCUUAGAUGCAACUACUGUUGGUUUGAGUUCAGAAGCUCACAACAUCGCUCACAACAUCUCGAGGGGAACUGGUCGGUACACACCGGCUAUAGAUAUGUGGAGUAUUGGUUGUAUUUUUGUGGAACUUUUAACCGGAAAGCCACUUUUUCCGGGGAAAAAUGUGAUAAGAAAUGAGGAAGUCCGGAGAUACUUAAGCAGCAUGAGGAAGAAAAAACCGAUCCCUUUUUCACGGAAGUUUCCGAAUGUAGUUCCUCUUGCUCUUCGUUUACUAGAAAGAAUGCUUGCGCUUGAGCCUAAAGAUCGUCCUACUGUUGAGGAGGCACUUUCGGAUCCGUAUUUCAAGAAUUUGGCUAAGGUUGAGAGGGAACCUUCUGCUCAACCGGUAACUAAAAUGGAAUUUGAAUUUGAUUAA